ACAUUGUUUUCCUCAUUUGUAGAGACGCUAACUGACAAUAGAAGCCUUUUUAUACAUUUCGCACACUGAAAUUAUUUGCAUCUGUUACAUAAUUGAAAAGGCAACAUUUUACCAUAUUUCUGUUAGAAUGGCGGCAUUUAUAUCCUGUUAGGGUUGCGUUUGUAACGUUGUGAAAGCAGUAAAUAAGCUAACAGGGAGCACACUGGCGCCUUGUAACAUUUAGCCCCUUUUCAUUUAGCUGUACUUCACUGUUAGUCUAAAGCUUUUCCUCCAAAAUGAUGAACUAUUCUGACUACGACUCUGAUGGAUAUUCGUCUAAUGAAGAUGCAGACUACGUCCCAUCAGAUGAUAACCUCAGUGAGGAUGACAUCAAUGAGUGUGAAAAGGAGGACCCACUACACAGGGAUGAUGAUGUGCCACAUCCCGACUAUGUCAGCAAGAAGAAGAGGAAGAAAAUGGACAUCAGUGUGAGAAAGAAGAAGAGAGGAGUACUGAAAAUAGACAAGGAAGAAGAAGGUGGAGGUGAUGCGGAAGAGGCACAGCCAUCACAAGAAGAGGUGGAAAAACCAUCUGAGGUAGAGGAUGAUGAUGCAAGACAGAAGAAAAAAUCAGAUGACCUCUGGGCGAGUUUCCUGUCUGAUGUUGGAUCCAGACCCAAAGACUUCACACCUGCCUCACAGUCAAGUACCACACAGAAGGAUGAUUCCUCAGGAUUGAAGGCUGCUUGUUUGGCAACAGAAAAAAAAGCAUCAGAACCUGCUAAAAUCACCAUCACUAAAGUGUUUGACUUUGCUGGAGAAGAAGUUAGGGUCAAUAAAGAGGUAUCAGCAGACUCCAGAGAAGCUAAGAGUUAUGUGAAGAGCCAGAACACCGAACAGAAGAGUGAAGACAAAGAGAAGAGCUUAUCAGCCAGCGAACCACCUCUUCCUGGCCCCAGUGCAAAGCGCCCUACAGGCAUGACGGGUAUCCUGAGUCGCAUCGGGGGAAAGAAGCAGAAAAUGAGCACGCUGGAAAAGUCCAAGAUGGACUGGGACGCUUUUAAAUCAGAGGAGGGCAUCUCAGAGGAGCUGGCCAUCCACAACAGAGGCAGAGAGGGGUAUGUGGAGCGGAAGAACUUCUUGGAGCGGGUCGACCACCGCCAGUUUGAGUUAGAAAAAGCAGUGCGACUGAACAACAUGAAACAAUGACACUGACUGACGACACACACACACACCCAUACACACACGCGCACACACACACACACACACACACUGAGAGAGGUGCACAGAUCUAGUGACAGAGUUGCUAUUCCCCCAGUAAAGCGAGCUGAAACGGCCGCUGUGGGUCGAGUCUAUUUCAGGAUGGGGAUAUUAAUAGGUUGAGUUUGUGGAACGGCGGGGUGUUGAGUGCUCUCAUCCUUGUGAGAACCAGUUAGUUUCAAACCUUCACACAGAGGACCUCUUUUUUUAUUUUCCUUUUUUCAAGUGAUUCUUGCUUGUCCGACUCCCUCGAAGGGCUGAUUUAAGUCAGGGGCUUAGUUUGAAUUUGAUGAAUCCUAAUAAAAAGAUCAGACAUUGUCAUCCAGGAACAGGUCUUGCUCUAACGCCAGGUGGAAAGGAUAAGAGCCAUGCUCCUCAGCACAGAAACACAAGACGGCAGGAUAACUGAACCAUGACGCUGUCUGAUGUUCAAGCUCCUGCUCAUAAAUAAUUUCCCUUUUUACUUUGAGAAAUCAAGUCUUCUCUCUCAGUUUGGUACGUGGACUAAACACUGUAAUAUUCAUUAGCUUUAGCAACUGUCGCUACGAAGAAGACUGAAAUCAGAGCUGUUCCAGCAUAUUAUAUAAAUCUAAAAGUGAAUUGAUUCCAGUUGCUAAAUUUAUCCAGUGAGUUCUACAAAGCUCGACCUCUGAACUUCACCCCACCAUGAGCUGCUUGGCAACUCGAUUUGAUAUUUCUUACCUCGUUCUCUGGUACUCACAUCUAGUUUUGAACCUUUGAAGCUUUUUCAGUGAAAGAAAACUGUUGCAACGGUCAUAUUAUUGUUAUGGAAAACGCCCAGCCCCCUACACAACAUUAUGCAGUGCUGAUGGUUAAAGCCCAGUGUGUAUUUGGGCAAUUCUGAAACAAAGAGAGGAAGCGUGGGGAGAGGGAUUGAUGUGAAAGAAGGAGAGACAACGAGAGGCAGAUUUGAUGUCCUGUUAGUUUUUCUGUGAUACAGUUCUCUGUUUAUUCAUGUAAAUAUUUAAUAUCCAAUA